CCUUCCCAGGUGUGUCCAGGUGAUAUAGGCGAAGCUAUGUACGGGAAGGUGACAGACCAGUUCAGGCGUUAAGCGAUCAAGAGAAUGGAGAUUGGAUUAAAAGCAGUCAGGGCGCUUGUGAUAAGUUUUCUCAUUUGUAACGGUGUUAACGCUCUUGAUGACGACGGCGCGGCAGACACAGGCCCCGGGAGACCGGACAGAGGACCGGACAGAGGACCGGGCGACGAUACGUCAGACGAGACUCCAGGCGGACCUUUUAGAAGACAGCAGGGUGACAUCCCUGACGACGACUUGGGCCUGUCCUCAGUCCUAGAGUCGAUGGGGGGAAACGGAAUCGGCAAGAUGUUCAGGGAGAUGGGCAGGAUGUUACCCAACAUCUCUCAAGGUUCAGACAUGGAGUUUCCUCCCCUGAUGCGAGACAACCCGUGUUUCGAGUCCCGGGAGCAGAUGAAGGAGUUGUUUACCGACAUCUCUAACGUGAUGACAAACAGAUGGACGGACGACUCCUCGGACGACAGUCUCACUGAUGACGUCACAGAAGAUCCAGACGACUUAUUCGAGAAACUUUCAGAUUCGUCUGUGCAGUGCAUGAUGGGAAGUAUGAGCAACGCGACCACGACGACGAUGUGUCACACGUUUUCCCGCCGGAAAGGUUCGAAGGCGUUCGGCAAGCUGAUGACGUCAGGGGUGGACUGCGUGUCGGCGCUUAUGAGAAAUCGAAACAACUACAGCGACGACGAUGAUGAUGAUGAUGACGACGAUGAUAAUGACGGGUUGAGUCUGCACCAGCAGAAGCUCAUUAUGCAGCACCUACGCAAGCGGCCCUUCAAGAUGUGGACAAAGACGGAUUUCGACAGCGCGUGGGAGUUGGCGCCAGAUGACAUAGAUGAUGACGUCAUCAACGGGUUGCCAGACGACCUCUUCGAGUCCAGCAUCGGUAAACUAGGUAAAAUGCUCGCCAGGGGUCGUGGCAGCGCGUCGUUUCGCGCGGCUGUCCGAACGAGGCUGAUGGUUCUAAAACCGCCAAAACAGCUGCAGGCAGCCGACAUCAACAGACUUGGUCCGGGAUUCGCCGCCUUCGACGUGGACGACAUUGAGGACAUCGACGGUGACGCUCUCUUUGACGCCACGCUGGAUGACCUUGACCUUGAUGACGAUGACCCGAGACACCUUGCCAUUGGUCGAAUUAUGCAGAGGGGGAGAGAUUUUUCAAAGUUCAAUCCUAAUGAUGUCAAAAGGCUGUUACCAUUCCAGCGAGGAAACCCACAGUUCGCUAGAAAACUGAAUCCAGACAUUUUAGCUCAAGCGUUGCUGUUGUUAUCAGACAUGGACGUUGGUGACGAGGCUGGAGCUCUGUGCCGCACACUGCGCAGGUCUGAGAAGUUCGACAACGAGGAUGACAUAGACGGACCGGACCUAGAGAACCUGGGUAAGGUUCUCACCGGGUGUGGUCAAACUUUCCUCAGCCGUCUGCCCGCUCACGCCGUGAAGAGCGCGUUCGAAAAGAUAAACGACCUUGACUUUGACGAUUCAGAGGCUCGAUCUCUUUUAGACAAACUGGAUUUAGGAGAGCCAAAGGAUUUGACGAAAGCUAAAAUCAAAAUGGCGGGUAAACUAGCUAAAGCUUUCACGCUAGAUGAUAUUGAAGAUAUGCCUGAUGAUCUCAUGGAUGACGUCUUUGGUGACCUAGAUAGUGUUGACCUUGACGACUGGAAAAGACUAGCUAUAGUCAAAAAGGCUAUCCGCGCCAACGCCAACAGAGUCCCCAGUCUGUUGUUCCAACACGCCAGGCUCGCCAACGCUCUCAGUAUUGAUGACGUCACAGAUAUUACCGCCCCAGAACUGAAGGAGGCGAUCCAGAAAGCUAUCGCUUUAAAAGUCAGACAUGGACUGGCCUCAGCAAUAAUGAGCAGGUUACUAUCGCUCAACCCGAGAGGUGCGCCGUUCAGAGCAAGUGACCUGUACUCCGCUGGAAACAUGGUGGUCGGUCUGUCACGUGACGACCUGCUCGAGUUCCCGGAUGACAAAGAUGAAGUAUUGCGCAUGACAGCAGUGUUGUCCGACCAUAUGGACGAUCUGACAGACUCACAGGUGGAACACGUUGUGGAGAAGCUGAAGAAAGUCUACGACAUCGACAACAGCGACCACGUGACCAUGGACGAAGACGACGUUCUCCAAACAGCGCUGUUCCUCAGACACCUGUCAGAAGAUGAUUUCGACAAACUGACGUUCUCGAAGCCGGCGAAAGGCGCGUUCCUGCAGGCCAUUUCGAAAGCGUCGACGAAGAAGAACAGUGGGAAGCACUUACAGUACUUGUUCAGGAAGGCCGUGCUGAUGGUGCAUGAGCUGCACGACGAACAGAGCACGGUUGCUGAUGUCCUGGACGAGUCGAAGAUCCGCCAGUUGAGGGGGGUGUUGCCGGGGAUCCGCGCCCACACGAUCCGUGCUCUCCCCCGCGAGGCGGUCCUGCGGAACCUGGACGUGUUUGAGGACGCGCACCUGGAUGAUGAGGAGGGCAAGGCGGUGGCGGAGAGGAUCACGCAGGACGACCCUUCCUGGAACUGCAGGCGUGAACGUCUAGCCCAGAUUGCUCCAUACAUACAUUACCUGAGUGAAGACAAACUGAAAUCUAUCUGCAAGCCAGAACUAGCGGCUGCCAGCUCGUCCAUCAUCAAAGGGAUGGAGAAGCGAGACGAGUACCGACAGGAGCGGAACACCCAGGGAUUCAGUCGCGAGGACGAGAGCACGAGGGAAGGGGAUGACGGGAAGGUGAAGGUCGUUAAACACAUCGUUCAGAGCUGGAAGGACGACACGAAGAGGAGGCGGAGACGGGCCACAGUUGGUCUGACCUGUGACGUCAUCAAACUGAUGGGUUCAAAGGUUACGCUGUUGGAGACAGCUGAAAUAGACGCGAUAGACUCGGCCGUGGAGUUCCCCAACUGUCUGGAGACGUUUGGUACCUACGGAGACUGGUCACAAGAAAAGCUGACCCAUCUGUUGAAUAAGGCGAAAGAGUCGCUGGGAGAAGUCAGCACGUGGUCGUCAGAACACGUCCGUCGAGCUGGCAGUAUCAUAGCGGCGCUGCGACCCGGCAGCUUGAAGACAUUGCAGCUCACGUCAGAUGGUGCCAUGGCGCGAAUUGGGCAACAUCCGCUCAUGAAUAUGCAACAGCUGAAUGCUGGAGUUUAUCGCUGGCUAAAUCUGACCAAGAUGAAUGACGUCACUAAGAUCUCGGGGCCCGAACUCUCGUCAUUGCGAGAGUUCGUGUGUGGACUAGAGGACGCACACAUUGCACAGCUCUCGGCUGAAGCGUUUAGGACAGCGUCCCACGACAUUGGCGGGUUGAGAACGUGCAGUUUGUCAACACUUCGUGCCCUGGCUCGCAAGGCGAUCACAUCGUACGGUAGCGCCCCCUCCGACUGGCCGGCCGCUAGGAUCGCUGACAUGGGUGUUAUUAUAG